CUCGCUUUUCAGGCAGCUGUAAGAGAGCGCAGGCAGCAGAACUCUCUCUCCUCUGCUCUGCUCUGCUCAACUCCUUCACUACUGCACUGGCUGUUGAGGGAUCAACACUCUGUUACAAAAAUGGAGUCCCCCCUGACAGAACUUCCCACCUUGCUGUCCAAUCAAUCCAUGGAGAGCUGUUCACCUGUGGACAAUACAGUCGAGAACAUGAUCUUUGGAUUCUACUACAUCAUAGUUUUCCUCCUGGCGCUUAACGGCAAUAGCCUUGCCCUGUGGAUCUUCGCCCGCCAGAGAGGCAACUCUUCUCCAGCCAACGUCUUCCUGCUUCAUCUCGCUGUAGCCGACCUGUUUUACGUCUUCGUUUUACCCCUCAGAGCCACUUAUCAUUUAACCGGGGGACACUGGCCGUUUGGUGAAAUCCCCUGCCGUCUCGCAGGCUUCUUCUUUUAUGUCAACAUGUACGCCAGCUUGUACUUCCUGGCCUGUGUUGCAGGUGAUAGAUACCUUGCUGUGGUACAUGCCGUACGUUCCCUCAAGGUCAGGCGCCCUCGUUACGCUCACAUAGCCAGUUUUGCACUAUGGGCUUUGGUGAUAGUGUCUAUGGCACCCCUACUGGGCACCAAGCAGACUGCAGAAGUCAAUGGCUCUACUGUAUGCUUGCAACUGUACAGAGAAAAGGCCUCACGACGUGCUCUCGUCUCUCUCGUCGUAGCCUUCACACCACCUUUUUUUGCCACACUGUCUUGCUACCUGCUGAUAGUGAACAGUCUGCGGAAAGGUUCAAGGUUGGAGCCGGCACUGAAACUCCGAGCUCUUCGCACCAUUGGUCUGGUCAUGCUCAUCUACAUAGUGUGUUUUUUGCCCUAUCACUUAAGCCGUGCAACCUUCAUCCUGGGUUACGAACACCCAGACUUAUCCUGCCAAAUCAAAAGAGGACUAGCCCUGGCUAACCGGCUUACUUCCUCUCUAACCUGCCUGAAUGGGGCUUUGGAUCCCCUGGUCUACCUGUUUGCGGCUGAGAAGUUCAGGGGAAGCGUUCGCAGGAUUUUCUGCAGAGACAAGUCUGGGGGGUCGGGCGCUACAAGCGGGGACCUGAAAGGCACACAUGAGAGCUCUCUGAGCGCAAAGUCUGAGUUCUGAGCAAGCACUUAAAAUCGUACAGAUGGUAUGAAUAAUUUUCAUUGGUUUGAUUCGGCCUACACUUUCUGAUAGUGUAGGGUCAGUUAAAGGUCAGAAAGCCUUAUGUAUAGCCAACCAUGUGAUUUGGACAUAUUAAAACAACUGUGUGUAAGUUUAAAGAUCAGUUUCAAAAUCACUUUUUUAUGGUACACUGAUUUCUAAUAAGGUGAAUGGCUUCUGUUUUUUCCCAUAAUGUCUGUUCUAGGAGUAGGCUAUAUAAGUUUGAGUGGAUACGAAGGCCGGAUUGCUUUAUAAAAGCAUGUGCACAGCUAUCUGCUGUAAUUUCCACAGUGAUAUAUUUAUGAAUUUCUCUCACUUAAAGUGGAUACAUACAAGUAAGAAUUUUCAUGUAUUAAUCACUUUUUAUUGCCAAUGUGUAAAAGGCUUCUAAUGACACUUAAAAAACGAGACGUUCUCCGACUUCCUAGGUUGACUGUAAAAGCUUGUGGACUGAUUUUUAUGUAUAGGUCUCAGGACGUUUUUACCGGAAAUUAAAAGCAUGUGACAUUUACGCGCAUUCCCUAAAUCUUCCGUGACACAUUAAACAAAGGCUUUUGUUCAGGUUAGUGCUGAAAAAGAGCUAUUCUGUACCAUUAUGUCAAUGUGUCAUACAAAAAGGGAUUACUUCAAAAUAUAGUCUAAGUCUAUAGUCUCACUAUAAUUUAUGUUGCGUAACGUUAGGCUAUUUAUUUUGUUAUUGAGAGGAAAGGCAAAGCGCUCACCACAUUAACGUUACAUAUUCACCGCAACGUCGCUCUCAGCAGCGUGGUCUGCGUCUGGAUGUUAGUUGCAAAGGUAUUUAUAAACUUUUUGUCUGCAGUUCACUUAACGGCUGUACCGGUGAAGGUUUCCGAAUUCUACAUGACUUAUUCUAGAAUUGCAGGUACAUUUCAAGCUGAGAAAGAAAUUUUAAAUUUUCAUAGAACACACUUUAAAUUUAAUAUUUUCUAUAUUUGCUGAUCUUAAACGUACAAUUUUAAAUAUUUAUUCUGAAAAUCAAUGUACUAACAGAAAAAUCUGUCAACUCUGUUAUAGACAAAUUGGGUCAAACAUAUACAGUUAACAAAUGUAACACAAUUUAAAACCCUGUCCUCUCCAGGAGAACAUCUGUCUCUUAAUCCAUUACUUCAACUUUAAACCUAAUAAUUUUUGUUUUAGAGUAAAAAUAUCAACACGUUCAUGUAGUAGUAGUACUAAUCAGGCUAAUUAGCUUCUGAUCAAUUUGUUAACAAUAAAACACAUAUAAUUAUCAUUUUUAAAGCAAAACUUUAAACAAACAGAGUUGACAUUGGUGGUAACAGAGUUGACAUCAGAAAACAGAGUUGACCACUUGUAGUUAAAAGACCAAAAACAGCAACAUUUUCUGCCAGAUUCUGAAACUGAAACCAUUUUAAAUGUAACAACUAUAUAAUUUUAUCAAAUACAUGCAAAUUACAGAUAUUUCAAGUUAUUGAAAAUUAACUGCAUAUGUCUCAUGCAUUACAGAUCUGGAAAAUAAAACGACAUAGCUUCUCCCUCAGCCUGGGCAUGCAAAUCAGUUUUUGGCAAUUUCUGCCCAUAUGUCUUUUAGUAUGUAAAUGUGCACUAUGCAAGUUUUUUAUAGACAUAAGAGCUCUUGAUUCAAGGAAUAGCAGUUUGCAAGAAUUUUAGAUUUACUUUGAAGCUAUAUGUUUACAUUAGUAUUUCUAAACAUUAGAGCAAAACAAGCUUGUAUUCUGAGUAGUGGUGCAUUUUUCCUUUUGUGUCGUCUAUCUCUGUCUAUUUUCUGCCUUCCUUACAGGGUCAGCAUGUCGCUGUGCCCUCAGUUGCCCUUGCCUUUCUGCCGCUGAGAGUUUAAUUUACCUGUAAUCAAAUUUCUUUAGCCUGUAAUGAUAUAAAACAAAUAUAUAAUUUGCAGUAAAAUGACCCAGAAUCCAAAAUAAACAUAAUGCAAAAUACUUAAAUGUAAUUGGGUUUAUUUGACUCUGUUACUCAUUGUCAACUCUGUUAAACUUUUUAAACCAAUAACAGAGUUGACAUUUUUUCCACCAUUUUGUGCUUUAGCUCAAGAUGCUAACCCUCAAACCAGAUACCACAUGGCAUGUCUAAAACAGAAUUUUAUGGAUUUCCAUCAUAUUAUUGUUUUUAAAAAAGUGAAUGAGAGAUUCACUGCAAAAUCAAAAUAAUAGAUUUGACAAAUAAUGAAUCUAUUAUUAGUGCAUCCUAAACAUUUUGUACAAAUUAAUGAGAAUAAAGAAUAAAGACAUACAUCGAUGCCUUCCAAAGAUUCCUACAAGAGGAAGUGACAACACUUGGUGCAAGUCAUAAGUUUUUUCUAUGAAUGCUUUAAAGAUUUUUAUGCCUUUUUAUAACCGAGGUAACAGAGUUGACCAGAACAAGACAGACACAAAAUGUUUGUUUGUUUUUUAAUUAAUGAAAUUGCAAAUAUUACAAAAAUUAGAUAUUUUAUGCAAUUGUAUAUGUAACUUAAUAGAGUAAACACAAAAAUAUGAAAAUGAGAUUUAAUUAUUUCAUGAUAAUUCAAGCUGAAUGUAUGAAUCAGGAGGCAAAGACAGUCAAUAAAAGGUGUAGUGGCAGUCUUUCAGUUAUUAUUUUCCAAGACAAAAUUUCCCUUAAUAUACAUAAAAGCAUUCUUUUGGUGAUAACUUAAUAUAAUUUGUGUUAUUAUUCAAAACUGAUUCAGUGAAGUUUUUUUUUUUUUUUUUUUUUUAAAUAACAGAAGGUUUACCUGGGAGGCGCAAAAUGUACCCCCAAUUCUAGAAUUACCCACAUACAGCCUCUUUUAACUGUAGGGGGCACCAAAGUUGCAAAAAUACACAAAACUACAUACAGUUGCUUUAAAGUGAAAGUUAUUCGGGACGGUAGGUUUCAAAUGGCUGUUGCAUAUAUCAGUCAGUUGCCAGAACACAGAGGUCGGGGACUAAAGAGUCCAUCAAGGAUCAAGAAGGCACGAAUUGUGUAUAAAACUGUGUGCUGUCUUUUAAAAAUUAAUGUUGUGUUUUAUUAGCAUAUUACCUGUUUGCUAAUGACAUGCUCUGACUUUGUACACUUUGUAAGCACUUCAUUAGUGCACAUUCUUAAUGAAAUCAGCGUGAAAAUAAUGCAUUUCAUACUUGGUGUCAAAACUACACAUAUACUCAUUUUUAACUGUCCCCAGUGGGAUUUUCUAGUUAUAGCACUCUUAAGCUGUGGUAAGAAUGUGUGAAGGUUAUCAAACCAGUGUGGAGUCGAAAUGAAUACUACUUUUUUUUACAUUCCUUGACGGCUUUGUUAUUAAGACUGUUUAGAUGCAUGUGCUCUUCACACUAGUCAAUAGUUAAUAUUCUUAAUGUUAACCUUUUAUAGUUUAAGGUAUAUAAGUACAGAUUUUUUGUUGGCAUGAAAUACUGUUUUUUUUUUUUU